AUGACGACCGCUGCAGGAGGAGAGCCGCCAACGCGCAGCUCGCUCGGCAUGGCUAUGCGCAGCGAGAACCAAUACUCAUACCGCCUUCCGACGCCGCCACGAGUCGUCGUACCACCUCCCACGCUCUCUAUGGACAUGCCCGGCCUCGUGGUUGGAAAUGCGUCUGGAGGGCUUGACAUAGGCUUCCUCAGGGAUAUGGCCUUGGAGGAUAUCGUCCAAAAGAACACUCUGAUCGAGUGGGCAUACGAGCGGCGUCGGCAAGCCCAGAUGAUCCUCCCGUGGCUGUUUCUGGGGCCAAUGGUUGCGUCCAAGGACAAAGCCUUUCUGGCGCGUGAGGGAAUCACGAUGGUGUUUGCAAUCCGGUCCCGCGACGGCAGCAUGAGCGGUGCACUGCAAGCCGCGCGCGAAGCUGGCCUUGCUGUGGCUACAAUCGAAGCACAAAACUACCACGAAUUGAUCAAGCGGUUGGGCGACGCCUCAAGAACGAUCAACGAUCAUGUUGCGACCAUUCACCAAGCUUCCAUACAACAGACGGGUCAGCCCGUUUUCGGCAAGGUACUGGUGUUCUGCGAGUCUGGUAACGAGAAGUCAGCUGCCGUGGUUGCGGCCUAUCUGAUGGAGAUUCUCGACAGCUUUGACUACAUUAAAGCAAUGCAAGUCUGCCAAGCCCAGCGCUUCUGCGUCAACUUCGACGAUACGAUCAAGAACAUGCUUCGGGCCUAUUGGGACAUCCUUCAAGCUGCACGCUCGGUCUCAAGCUUCAACGCGCAGCAGUACCAGUCGAACAACGUGUAUAACGCACGAUCCAAGCGCUCCAUCGAGGAUACGCGUGACGAUGAAGACAUGGAGAUGGAGGAUGGCCUGGACCCUUCAGAUGCCCUGCGCUUCCAAGGUCGUGAUAACACCCCCUUUCAGAGCUCUUAG